AUGUAUGAAGUGGUAGCAAUGAUUAAACAGCUGGGAAUACCAACAUGGUUUAUGACGCUUUCAUGUGCAGACUUAAGAUGGCCUGAGCUAUUUCAGAUAAUUGCAAGAACAAAAGGCAACAACAUAACAACCGAAGAAGUAGAGGCCCUGUCGUAUCAUGAGCGAUGCUCAAUGUUAAAUUUAAAUCCAGUUAUUGUAGCUAAACAUUUCCAGUAUCGAGUCGAAACAUUUUUCAGGGAUGUUUUGCUCACAAAUGCAAACCCAAUUGGUAAGAUAGCAUAUAUUAUGCACUCCGUAUCGAAUUUCAAAUGAGAGGUUCGCCACAUUUGCAUGCCUUACUAUGGACAUCUGAUUGUCCAGAAUUAACGAACGAUACAAAAGAUGCAUACAUAUAUUACAUUGACCAACAUGUACAAGCAUACCUCCCAGACAAAGAAACAGAUCCUGAACUUUAUGACUUGGUAAAAACGUACCAGACACAUAAUCACAGCAAAACCUGUAGAAAGUAUACGAAUGUUACAUGUAGAUUUAACUUUGGACAGUUUUUUACUGACAGAACAAUUGUUGCUGAACCUUUGGCUGACGAUAUCGAUGAUGAGAUUAAAUCAAAUAUUCUAACCAGACGAAAGGAAAAUUUGUCUAAAGUUAAACAAAGAAUUGAUGAUGUGCUAAACCCAAGCAAACCUACUUAUGACUCACAUGCAACUCCAAUUAACAUUCUAAAUUAAAUAGAUAUUACAGAACAAGACUAUCAAUGGGCUUUAUCAAUAUCUCCAUGAGAUUCUGACCAUGAAUUGCACCUGAAACGACCAAUAGACAGUUGUUUUACCAACAACUACUUUAUUGCUGGGUUAAAAGGAUUUGCUGCAAAUGUUGACUUGCAACCAGUGUUUAAUCAUUAUAAGUGUAUUACAUACGUUUGUUCUUAUUUUACAAAGGAUGAAACUGAAUGUUCUAAAGCCAUCAUAAAUGCAGCAAAAGAGGCUAAAGAAGCCAACUUAAAUGUAAGAGAUGGCCUAAGAAAAAUAGGUGCAGCUUUUCUCUCGACUCGUGAAGUCAUCGCUCAAGAAUGCGUUUACAGAUGUAUGCCUGAACUCUGGUUAAGAAAAAUAUUCCCGAAAACCCUCUUUGUUAGCACGGAUUUUGCUGAAAAUUGCGUUAGAUUUGUGAAGAAACAACAAGAACUUGAUGAGUUAGAUGAUGAUAGUACAGACAUUUUUAAGUCUAACAUUAUCAUCCGUUACGGUGACAGACCGAAAAAAAUUCCUGUCGUUAAUGAUAUGUGUUUAGCUUUAUUUGCUGCUCACUAUUUCAAAGAUUACAAAAGUGAUUUUAACGAAGUAUCCGAUUCUCAACCUGAAGUUUUAAGCGAUGACUUCAUUGAAUCUCAAAAUAUCGAAAAUCAUAACACUGGACUUCCCGAUCGAAUAAAACUUGUAAACAGCAAAGAAAUUAUGAAGUGCAGAAAAUUAAAGCUGUCAUUUGAUAUCACACUCCAAACAAAAGAAAAGAACCUGAAAAAUAUUUUCACCACCUUCUCAUGUUGUACUUUCCGUGGCGUAACGAGCAGGAACUCGUUGGCGAAAACCAGACAUACAUAUCUAAGUUUUAUGUGCCAGAUGUGCAAGAGGUAGUACUAUGCAACAAAGAAAUAUUUGAGCCAGAUGGUGAUGCUAUUAAUGAAGCACUAGAAAGUUUACGAAACUUUAAUGGCAUACCAACUCACUCCUAUGAUCCAAUAAAUGACCAGGAAAAUGAAGACUUGCAACAAAGUUUACCUGACGAUUCUGAUGAAACUGAGUCUUUUAAUGAAUCGUUCCCACAACAUCUUGCAUCAAAUCCUGAAUCAGUUCAACCAUCUUCUGGAAUAAGUUCUUAUAAUCAACCCUUAGCUAGAAAUCAGUGA